AUGGGUGUAAAGGUCACUUCAAUCAUUGAACAUGCCAUAAAUGUUUUGGCUCGCAAGGAUGACAUUUCAAGUAACAGGGAUGAGAAGGAUGCCCUUUGGCAAGUUGAUAUGGAUCUGAUGGAUGUUAUUUUCACAAGCCUUGUUGAAUACCUGGAACUUGACAGCGCUUAUAACAUUUUCAUUUUGAAUCCCAAGCAUGACCUGAAGAGAGCUAAAUAUGGCUAUCGGAGAGGUUUAUCAGGGUCAGAAAUCGAUUUCCUGAAAAAGGAUGAAAAUCUACAGACUAAGAUUUUGGAGUCUGGAACUGUUCCAGAAAGUGUCCUUGCAUUCGAAAAGAUCAAGAGACCUUUAUAUGAAAAGCAUCCUAUGACGAAAUUUGCUUGGACAGUUGUCGAAGAUACUGAUACGGCUGAAUGGUAUAACAAUUGUCUGGAUGUGCUCAAUAAUGUUGAAAAACUGUACCAAGGGAAAGACAUUUCUGAAAUCAUCUUGAGCAAAGCUUUGCAGCUUUUGGAAGGAAAGAAUAAAUACAUGAAGCUUCUUUUGGAGAAGGAACUAAAAGCUGGGGACCUUGCUGGAUUUCAACCAGAAUGUCUCACUGAUACCUGGAUCGGGAAGGACAGGUGGGCGUUCAUUGAUCUAUCCGCUGGCCCUUUCGCAUGGGGUCCUGCUGUUGGUGGGGAAGGUGUUCGUACAAAACUUAGUCUUCCAAAUGUGGAAAAAACAAUUGGUGCUGUUACAGAAAUUUCUGAAGAUGAAGCUGAAGAUCGCUUGCAAGAAGCAAUCCAGGAAAAAUUUGCAAUAUUUGGUGAUAAAGAUCAUCAGGCGGUUGAUAUCCUUCUUGCUGAAAUUGAUAUCUAUGAGCUUUUUGCUUUCAAGCACUGUAAAGGAAGAAGAGUUAAGCUAGCACUUUGUGAAGAGCUUGAUGAGAGAAUGAGGGACUUGAAAAAUGAACUUCAGUCCUUAGAAGGUGAAGAAAAUGAUGAGAGCCCUAAGAAGAAGGCCAUGGAGGCAUUGAAACGUAUGGAAAACUGGAAUCUUUUUAGCGAUACCCAGGAGGAUUUCCAGAACUACACUGUUGCACGAGAUACAUUUCUUGCACAUUUAGGUUCAACUCUUUGGGGAUCUAUGAGACACAUAAUAUCACCUUCAAUUGCUGAUGGUGCAUUUCAUCACUAUGAGAAGAUAUCAUUUCAGUUGUUCUUUAUAACACAAGAGAAAGUUAGGACCAUUAAACAACUCCCUGUGGAUCUCAAAGCUAUCAUGGAUGGGCUAUCAUCUUUGUUAUUACCUUCGCAGAAACCUAUAUUCAGCCCAAACUUGUUAUCACUUUCAGAGGAUCCUGCUUUAGCCAUGGCUUUUUCAGUGGGACGACGAGCUGCAGCUGUCCCGCUCUUGCUUGUGAAUGGAACUUAUAGGAAAACCAUUCGGACAUAUCUUGACUCCUCCAUUCUUCAGUAUCAGUUGCAGAAGCUGAAUGACCAUGGUUCUCUAAAAGGAGCACAUGCCCAUACCAGAUCUACACUUGAAGUUCCCAUCUUUUGGUUUAUUCAUGGAGAGCCAUUAUUAGUUGACAAGCACUAUCAGGCAAAAGCGCUUUCUGAUAUGAUCGUUGUUGUUCAGUCAGAGCAAUCAUCAUGGGAAAGUCAUCUCCAGUGUAAUGGGCAAUCACUCCUGUGGGACUUGAGAAGACCCAUUAAAGCUGCUCUCGCUGCUGUUUCUGAACAUCUGGCCGGCUUACUUCCUCUUCAUCUGGUCUACAGCCAUGCACAUGACACUGCGAUUGAGGACUGGAUAUGGUCAGUAGGAUGCAAUCCAUUAUCCAUUACAUCUCAAGGCUGGGAUAUCUCACAGUUCCAUUUGGAUACAAUUGCACGGAGUUACAUAAUCACCACCCUUGAAGAGUCUCUACAACUAGUCAAUUCUGCAAUACGCAGUCUACUCAUGGAAAGGACAUCUAAAAGUACAUACAAGCUCUUCCAUUCUGAAGAGAAAGAACUUGUGAACAAGUAUAAUAAUGUUGUCAGUUUGUGGAGAAGGAUUGCAACUGUUACUGGAGAACUGCGUUAUGUGGAUGCCAUGCGACUUCUUCUUACCUUGGAGGAUGCAACUAAAGUGUUUUCUGAGCAAGUGAAUGCAACUAUUGCUCUUCUGCAUCCAGUUCACUGCACAACAGAGCGGAAAGUGCAUCUGAUUUUCGACAUGACAACCAUUCCUGCUUUCCUUGUUGUUGCUGGUCUUCUGUAUGCCGUGUUGAAGCCAGGACGGGCCAAGCCUAAGAUUAACUAA